UUCCUUCCCCGCGUCGCCACUCGCUCGCACGGGCUGAUUGAGCUUCGCGUGUGAGCUGAGCCCAUCAAUCACCAAACCCACCACCACCAUCACCAACCCACCACCACCACCAUCACCAACCCACCACCACCAUCACCAACCCACCACCACCAUCACCAACCCACCACCAGCAAAACAUUUUUAUUAAAAAUAAACUUAACCUUUUUUCGAUUGAAAAAAAAAUUUGCUCCAAAGUUUACUACGAAACAAAUAAAUCAAUACAUCGAUAGAACCUCGAACUUGUCGGGCGAGCGAACUUUCCGAGCGGACGAUGUCGUGGAACAGCUACGUGGAGAACCUCAUGGCCAUGGGCAAGUUCACGGACGCCGCCGUCGUAGGCAUCGCCACCAAAACCGUUUGGGCGUCGCAUGGCAAACUCCUCGCCAACAUCACGGCGGCCGAGCUGGACGUGAUCCUGGGCAAGGACCGGCAGAAGUUCUUCAUCAACGGGCUGACCCUGGGCGGGGCAAAGUGCUCGGUGCUCAGGGACCAGCUGAACCUGGCCGACGACUGGACUAUGGACCUCAAGACCAAGAGCGCCGCGGGGGAGCCAACGCUCAACAUCAGCAUCGCGUCCGCCUCCAAAGCGCUGGUGGUGGCGGUGGGCAAGGAUGGGGUACACGGUGGAGAGAUCAACACGGAGGCGUUCAAGGUGGCACGAUACCUCCGGGAUAACGGCUACUGACGCUGCUGAUGAUGCCCAUGUUGAGCGGAGCUGCCCGCCACCACCACCUCCACUAGCUGCACCAGCACUACCAUCACCACCACCACUACCAUCACCUUCACCAUCACUGCUACCAUCACCACCACCACUACUAUCACCACCACUACCAUCACCACCACCAUUACAGCCAUCACCACCACCACUACAGCCAUCACCACUACCAUCACCGCCUCCACCACCUCCACCAAGACUCCUACCAUCGUCACGGAAUCAUCAUCAUAAUCAUCACAGAAUCAUCAUCACAGAAUCAUCAUCCCUAUUACUCAUGAAUGCCAAUGAUAAUAAAUGCAUACAGUCGUGAUUGAAUUAUUA